AUGCACGCCACCAAAUCCGAGCUGAAACGGCAAUUCUACAUCCUCUCCAAGGAAACCCACCCGGACGUGAACCGCCAGGACCCCAGCGCCGCCGACCGCUUCGCGCAGAUAAGCGAAAGCUACUCCGUCCUCGCGGACCCGGACAAGCGGAAACGCUACGACCGCGACGUCAUGCGCGCACAGCAGCAGCAGGACCGGGACCGGCACGGCCGCGGGGGCAGCAGGUCAGGCACAUACGCCGGACAUAGGCCCCCCUCGGGCCUGAGCAAGAGACGGAGCGUGUUCAAGGGGCCGCCGCCCUCGUUCUACGCACAUGGCGGCGCCUCCGCCGCGCGGAAUAAACAGCAGGACGCGCGGGCUUCAGCAGGAGCAGACCAGGAAUAUGCUGCCGGCGGCGGCGGUGGUGGUGGUGGUGGCGGCGGCACAUUCGACGCGGGCGCCUUCUCCGACGACCCAAACGCGGCGUUUGAUUCCCGCCCGACCUUCAAGACCCAGACGCAUGAGGACUACCGGCGCAUGAGUCGGCGGCAGGCCGAACUCGCAGCCGCGCAGGCCGCCGUCGAGGAGGAUAACUUCUGGGCCCGGUUCGUUGUGGUGAGCGGCAUCAUUGCGUUGAGUGUCGGGAUCGGCACGCUCGUCUUGAAGAUGGCGAGCACGCCUCGUGGGGGCGGGUUGACUCGCGCGGACGGGAGUAGGAGGGAUUCGGCGAAGAAUGAGUGGACGAAAGGCUAG